AGAGCGGACGUGCUGGUCCAUGUCAGCAGAGUCUUCCCUCCAUGUGUCACUCUGAUUCUGUUUUCUUCUUGCUAGGAGGCAGCUGCCUAACUCCCAGUUGAUCCCCAUGGAAAACACUACUGAGGUGACCGAGUUCAUUCUUGUGGGGUUAACAGAUGACCUUGGACUGCAGGUCCCCCUGUUCAUAGUCUUCUUCCUCAUCUACCUCAUCACUCUGCUUGGGAACCUGGGGAUCAUCAUGUUGAUACUGCUGGAUCCUCGUCUUCACACUCCCAUGUACUUCUUCCUCAGUAACCUCUCCCUGGUGGACUUUGGCUACUCCUCAGCUGUCACUCCCAAAGUGAUGGCAGGGUUCCUCACAGGAGAGAAAAUCAUCCCCUACAAUGCUUGUGCCACCCAGUUCUUCUUCUUUGUAGCUUUUAUCACUGUAGAAAAUUUUCUUUUGGCCUCCAUGGCUUACGACCGCUACGCAGCAGUGUGCAAACCUCUCCAUUACACCACCACCAUGACAACAGGUGUGUGUGUGCAUCUGGUCAUAGGCUCCUAUGUCUGUGGCUUCCUGAAUGCCUCCAUCCACACAGGGAACAUUUUCAGGCUCUCUUUCUGUAGGUCCAAUGUGGUUGACCACUUUUUCUGUGAUGCUCCUCCUCUCUUGGCUCUCUCGUGCUCAGACAACUACGUCACUGAGAUGGUUAUUUUUUUGGUGGUGGGUUUCAAUGACCUCUUUUCUGUCCUGGUCAUUUUGAUUUCUUACUUGUUUAUAUUUGUCACCAUCAUGAGGAUGCAUUCAUCGGAGGGACGUCAAAAAGCAUUUUCUACAUGUGCUUCCCAUCUAACUGCAGUCUCCAUCUUUUACGGGACAGGCACCUUCAUGUACUUACAGCCCAGCUCCAGCCAUUCCAUGCACACAGACAAAAUUGCAUCUGUGUUUUAUACGAUGGUUAUCCCCAUGCUGAACCCGCUGGUCUACAGUCUGAGGAACAAAGAGGUCAAGAGUGCCUUUAAAAAGGCCGUAGGAAAGGCACAGCCUUCUUUAAGAUUCAUAUUUUAA